AUGGUUUUAAAGGUGGUAUUAUUUUGUUGCAUCAUUGAAAUAUGUUCAGCAAUCCGAAUAGACCCGAAUGAAGGAGCAGGAAGAGAAUUAAUGAAUGAAAGAAGAUGGCAAAUGGUGACCCUAUAUCCGUCGCAUAAUCAACAAUUAUUCAAAUAUAAUACCAAUACAUAUCCUAAAUAUAAGUUCGAAUAUUCUGUGUCUGAUAAAAAAACUGGUGACCACAAACAUCACCAUGAAUUCCGAGAUGGUCACAGAGUGCAAGGAGGCUAUAGUCUUAUUGAACCUGACGGUUCUUUGAGGACAGUUGAGUAUAAUGCUGACGACUACAAUGGUUUCAAUGCUGUUGUAAGCAGAGGUUUCCAUCGCCAUGGUGGACAUGCAUUCUCUACGUUUGAUCAUACAAGACAUUUUCAUCCCAUAAGAAGUGAAAUGAAAAUAAAACACUUCCUCCCAAGUAGCAAUUAUCUUUUUGAUAAACCACAAAACAAAGGUAAUAUUGAAAUAAAACCAGUAAGUGAGAAAAAUCCGAACCAAAAUUUACCGGAAAAAAAAGCUUUAGAUAAGGAAGUUGAGGAGGAAUUAGAAGAUCUAAGUAAAAUGACGACUUUUGAUCCAAUUGAAAACGAGAAUUCAUUUACCACCGCAGCCUCUGUAAUGGAAAUACCAACAACGGAAUCUGACAAAACAAUUGAAUCUACUUCGACGGUCAAGAAUGACGAUAUUGAUUCUGUUAAUCAUAUGAUCACAGAGAUGCCGGUUGUUGAAGUUGCAUCCACUUCUAAUGAAAAAGCCGCAGUUGAAACAGAAAAAUUAAAAACUCAAGAAGAUUCCGAAGCAGCAUCGUCACGUUUUUAUUCUAAGUUCUACUACGUAGGGUUUUAAGUUUGAAGUAUUAAGUCUUAAGUCAUGUUAAGUUUGCAAUAUUUUUAAAAAUGU